AAAGCCAUUUUUGUUCAGCAACGGAAUUUACCAUGGCUUUCUACAACAAUGCUACAUCCAUGGACUCCUCGUACUUCGAUGAAUUUGGUAGUAUAAACAGAAUCACCCUCAUCCACUGUCGGAGGUUCAAAAGACACCCAAAAUCACACAUGUCAGUAUCCAGCGAAAGCUCACUUCAAAUUGAAUCCCUUUCAUCAGAAUCUGCCCAACACAUCGCCAGCAAUGAAGAUAUCUUAACUGAAAUUUUACUGCACUUGCCCCCAAAAUCUCUACUUCGUUUCCAGACAGUUUCAAAACAUUGGCUUUCAAUUAUUAGCAGUCCCGUGUUUCGUCGUCUCCACACACGGAAAAAUGCUAAGUCCUCUGCCUCCACCAUCGGUUUCUUCUUGUGCCGAAACCCCAUUUUCAAUUUUCUUUCACUGAAUGAGGAAGAUUUAUCUACAAUGAGUAUGAUGAACAAAAGAUUCUCCAGUAUACACAAUGGUAAAAUAUUUUAUCAUAUGAAUUCUUGCAAUGGACUUUUUUGCCUUGAUUUCAAAUUUAGUAAUGGGAAGAGGGAGUUUUAUGUUUACAAUUUCACUACUGGUAAACAUAGGCUUAUUCCCCUACCAAACACAGUCGACGAACCCCACUUAGUAAAAACUAUGAAUUUAGCUUUUGAUCCUGAAAAGUCAGAGGAUUACAAUGUUGUGUGUGUUUGGUUGUCUGUGUCUGAGAAUCAACUUCGGUUCGCGGUGUAUUCUUCAGGUGUGGGCAUUUGGAAGCAUUCUACUGCAUGUUAUGACUGCAAUGAGUAUGGAGCAGUGGAUUUAUGCUGUGAUUAUGGUGUUUUCUUGAAUGGGGCUGUUCAUUGGGUUAGUCAAACAGGCCCUUUUUUAUGCUUUGAAGUUGGUAAUUGCAGCUUCAGGUCAAUGCCUACAACUCCAAUUCCUCAAGGACAGUGGCACAGGGACAUUGAAUACUUUGGAGAAUCUGGAGGGCACCUGCAACUCAUUGGUCAGAAUUCGGAUCAAAGAACGAAAGUUGAUAUUUUGGAGCUGGAAGUUGAUUAUUCUGGUUGGUUUAUUAAGUACCAUGUUAAUUUGGACUUUUUACCCAAUUUGUACCCUGCCGUGGUGAAUCAAGAAGUGAAUCUUCCAGAAGAUUAUGCAUAUUCGAAUGUAUUUUCAACAAUUUGCUUUCUUGACGAUGAAGAAGACAAGGCAAGGCUGUUUCUGUCGCUUCCUGGGAAAAUAAUUUUGUACAACUUGGGAGAUGGGAUGAUCAAAGAGCUGGCAGACGUGAAGCCAGCUUCUGUCAGGCAUUUCCUCGAUGGGGCACGUUACGAUGGCCUUGAUAUGUACAAACAUGUUGAGACUUUGGCUUGUGUUUGAGUUCUCUUCUGCUCAUUUUU